CCGGGAGAUAUUUUCCUUAGAUUUUUUUGGGGAAUCUCUUUGCGCGAUAGCAAGAAGAGAAACCUCGCACCGGUUCCUGCUCUUCGGGGGCGGGAUUGAUUGGCGCGGGCCGCGGGGGUCAUCGAGUUCUUAGGAGAUCGAUCUUGCUAGUCCGUCGGAUAGAGCGGUUCUGUCGCGAUGAAUCCUUCCGUGCAAACUCGAUGCGGUCCCUGUUUUUUGCCCUACCGCUCGCGCCUGCUCUCGAUCUGGGAAUGUCGGUGGAGCAAAGGUUGGGCAUGACGCAUAUGUUUCCAAAUGGAGGUGCCUCGUCCAGCUCAACCUCUAUGAGCAGCCAGAGGAGCGAGACAGAUGAUGACAAGAUGAUUGCAAUGGUUCUUGAAGAAGAAUAUGCGAAGCUAGAUGGUGCUAUGGCCAAGCGCCUUACGAACUUGACAUCUAUUCCUCAUGUUCCCCGGAUUAAUACAUACUUCCCGACAUAUAGUGAUGCCACCAUGGAUCAUCAUCGUCUUCAUGACAGGUUAGAUGCAUAUGGCUUGUUUGAAGUGAGGGUAUCAGGUGAUGGCAAUUGUCAGUUCCGUGCACUCUCAGACCAGCUAUAUCGAUCACCUGAGUAUCACAAGCAUGUUCGGAAAGAGAUAGUGAAGCAGCUCAAGGCGUGCAACUCUUUGUAUGAGGGGCAUGUCCCAAUGAAAUAUAAACACUAUUGCAAGAAGAUGAAAAAAUCUGGGGAAUGGGGAGACCAUGUCACAUUGCAAGCAGCUGCUGAUAAGUUUGCUGCGAAGAUAUGCCUUCUAACAUCUUUCAGAGAUACCUGUUUUGUUGAAAUUGUUCCACAGUAUCAGGCUCCACAGAGAGAGCUUUGGCUAAGUUUCUGGUCCGAAAUUCACUACAACUCACUAUAUGAUGCUCGAGAUCUCCCGAGCAAAUACAAGCCUAGAAAGAAGCACUGGUUGUUUUAGAUUCAUCUGUUGCUUCAGGCUUGAAUUUUAUCACAUGGCCUUUUCGAUAUUGCGGGCUGGCCACAUCCUGGAGAGCGGACACCUACCUCUGAUUUUCUCCACUGGAGAUCUGAGUCAUUGGAUUAUUGGAUGCGUACCUUGGUGCAGUAAUAUAAUCAGAUGUAGCUCGAUACUGAAACCGAGGUUGCUUCCUUGUGCAUAGAUAUUUAUACUAACAGAUAGGUUGGUUGUAUACAUGUUUGUUCAUUGUUACAUUUUUUAUGCGAUGCUGCUACAUGUUAUUCCAUUCACUUUGUUUAUGGGAAAUUCUCAGACUGGAUUGUGCACUGUCA